AUGGCCCAUGAGAGAUCCCACCUCGCUCUUCAGAGCAGACAGAAGAGCUUUCAGACGGCCUUCAAGAUGGCAGAUCAGAACGAUUACCGGUUCAAGUGGUUGUCCCUACCGCCCCAGCAGGACCAGUCCACCAUGACCCUGUCCAGUUCAGCAUGUCCCAUGAUGCUGUGUGUGAGGGACAGAUUGUUGAACCUUCAUCAGGUCCUGAGUCUUCCUCUGUUCCAACUGGCCUGGCAGGGCCUUGCAGAGAGACUCGACAACGUCCUCUACCAGGAUGUGAUCCUGUCCAAUCAUUUCAGUGAAGGUGGAGCAGCUCAGCUUCAGUUCGACAUGACCAGAAAUCUAUUUCCUCUGUUUGGUCACUACUGCAAAAGACCUGAAAACUUCUUUAAGCAUGUGAAGGAGGCGUGCAUCAUCUUGUGUCUUAAUGUGGGCUCUGCCAUUCUGCUGAGGAAUCUCCUCAAAGAUUCUGAGGGUGAAGGGACCGGUUGGGCGGGUGCAGGCGAUCCUCCACCAGAGUCUGCUCUGAACGAGUUGGGGGUUUACUGCCUGGCUGCCUCUGACGUGUUGAUUCUCCUCAACCUCAGAGCCUCCUGGCCCGGACAGUAACGACCCUCCCUGGAUGGAGUUCGUCAAAUGUUUGUCAUUAGCUUUAACAUUCUUUUGUAAAUACGAUAAGUUAGGACUGAUCACCUAGUGUUCAGUAAGUUAGUCAUUGUAACAACUUAUUAUUGUGUUGCACUAUAUUUCAGGGACCCACUAACCUGUCACCUCAGUUGACUGAAGUAUACCACGACAAAAUAGUUAUGACAAUUGUUAUGUCAAAAUGGAUUAUGUAAUAAAACGCCAAUGGUUCCCUA